AUGACGUCAAACGCCCGUGCCUGCCUGCCUCCUGCUGUCCGCCUGCCAGUCUUUCCUGCGAAUCUGUCUGCCCGUUUCUUCAGCCUGUGCACCCAAUGCGGUAGCGAUCGUCGUGUCAAUGGCCCAGAUAAGCGUCAACGGCCAGGGGUGGGCCCCGCCGUUGUGACGCCACAGCCUACCUUGGUCAGCGUUGGUGACGUGACCGGUGGAGCGCAGUCUGGGAGUUCGAGGACAAGUGUGGCUGGUGCAUGGCUUUGCGUUUGGUGA